AUGCCAGUGAUUUGGAAAUCAAAUCGUAAAGCUUGGGUCACGAAAUCUGUGUUUGAAGAUUGGUAUAGAAACAACUUUAUUCCAGAAGUGAAAGAUUUCUGCUCUAAAAACAACUUAGUGUUUAAAGCAUUACCACUUCUUGAUAAUGCCCCAGGGCAUCCAAUAACGUUAAAUGAGUUAUGUCCCAAUAUAAAGGUAAUAUUUUUGCCAUCAAAUACGACAUCAUUAAUCCAACCGAUGGACCAAACCGUUAUAGGCGCGUUUAAGAAAUAUUAUUUACGUGCAACUAUGGUAAGCAUGAUUAAAGCUAUUGAUGAUAAUAAGGAAUUAACGGUUAAGUCUUAUUGGAAAGAUUACAAUAUUCAUAAUGGAAUUAAAAAUAUAUCUGCCUCUUGGGAUGAAGUUAAAGAAACGACAAUGAAAAGAGCGUGGAAAAAGUUGUGCCCGCAAUUUGUUUAUGACGAAGAAACAAAUGUUGAAAAUCUUCAAAACGAAGUUGUAGAAGGCGUGAUAGAAAUUGGAACGCGCUUAGGCUUGGAAAUAAACGAAGAAGAUAUCGAAGAGUUAAUAGAAUCACAUGACGAAGAGUUGUCUAUCGAAGAUCUCAUGGAAUUACAAAAGACAGAUAAUGUCGAAACGAAUGACGAUGACGCCGUUGAAGACCUGCCCAAAGAAAAUGUAUUAAACUUAGAAACUUUAAGUGAAAUUUUAAAUAAAAUGGAAAAUCUCGCCGAUGUCAUAGAGAAUGUAGACCCAAAUAUGGAACGAAGUUCUAAUGUUUGGGCUUUGGUUUGA